ACAAGGCACGUGGGGUAUCACGGGUAUAUCGGGUACUAUGAAUGCCGAUUCCGAAUUUUGUAAGCGGCUUUCUUUGUGUCUACCCUGAUGCGUAUCGCGUGCCUGAUGUCCAAUCGCUGCUAUUCCUGCAUAACAACAGCACAAAUCCGCGUCAGCGCUCCAACUCGACACCCGAGAGUCAGCCACCCCUCACGGAUAAUCUGCAGUAUUCAUGUAUGCAACCCCUCCAAGCCGAAAGUCCCAGUUCAACUGCUCGUUCUGGGCUCGAAAUCCAUCUCUCGAGCUGACAUCUAUCCUGCGACCGGGCCGCUGCGAUGCCAAACCAGUCGAAUGCCAAGGAGUCCGCGGCGGUGCGAGUUGGUCCCCGGAUGGGUUUGAAUAGGCGGGAUUCGUCGAAUAUGUGUACGCCGAAUCUAAUGGAGUUCCCCCUUGAACAGGUGACUGAUAAUAGCCCUGGGACGGCGGUUGGAUGCCGCCGUAAUUCUGCUCGUAGUCGUAGUACGUCGGGUAUACAUCUUGCGGCAUGCUGCGCCGGGGCGCCUGCUGCAUGAUCAGGUGGCCGUGGUGAUGAUACUGGAACUCGGCCUCCGACGUAGUACUAUCCGGGCUGCCGAUGCUUUCGGACUCGUCGACGAGCAGAGCUUCUUCGAGCACAGGCCGGUACUCGCAGUGCAGCUUGCGCUUCGUGCAUCGCUCGCACGUCUUCAGUGGCUGAUCUUCUUUCACCAGGCACUGGAAACAGAUCAACGGAGGUUGGUUAGUUGUUCGUGCAGGCCAUGGGAGUGCGCCGACGCGCCAACGCGAAAACGGGAGGGGGGUAGUUAGAAGAAGUCGGGAUCAUGGCUGACACAAUCCUUAUAUGCCCUCACAGUUUAUGUCAACUGCGGUGCCGGCAAGAUCGCUGUGCCGGAUUGAGUCAUCCUAUUUCUGGCCUCGGUGCACAUCCAUCAUCCGUUCCAGCCAGUAGACCCAAUCCGUUCGCGGUCGUUCCGAGUCCUGAAUGAUUGAAGCACGGCGGAUGAUCCCCUGCGAAGAGUGCACUGUGUGUCGAAAGAAAGUUGGUAGGCAUGCUAUUUGGCAGAUCGACAGUUGUCCCUACGUCACCCGACAAAUUAGAGAUUUGGUUUCUGACAGCUCUGAGGAUGCCCUGAAGAUCCCACAGACGCACACAUCGAAUAGCACUCUCUGUGGUGCCGACACGAGAGCUCCAUUCGGAAUGGAAUCAGAACUCUCUCCCGUGUAAACACACGCACUGCCCACACAUCAACGCCGGUGAUCUCAAACCGCAAUCACGCGAUAGACAGAAAGCCGUAGGCAGGCUUCUUGACCAAAGCUCCGAUCAGGCGCCCUUGUCGCGGAUGAAAAGCCGCGGCACAUCACGCU